CCCUCCCCCCCUCCCCGCCAGCCUGUGACCGCUCCCCCCGCCGAUCAUGCAACUGACUGGCCGCUCCCGGCAUCGCAGCGACGUCCGGCGCUCCCAUCGCAGGGCACCAGCAGCGCACUGUGUGGCGAUGGAGAGGAAGGAGACGGGCAUCGUGGACCGGCUGGCUGCUGGCUCUCCUCCCGGGAGUUAUUGAUCCGUUAUUGGCUGCGGAUGAAUCGCGAAGCAGGAGUUCAGGAAACAGCACACGAUCGCGGACGAGGAAAAUGGAAGCAGCCCCGGAAUACUCACUGUUCCUGGUGCGGAUCUUGGAGGAAUUGGACGCGAACCGCGGCACGGUCUCCUACCAGGACCUGUGCAAGCUGCUGUGUGCCCGCUUUGACCUGACCCACCUGGCCAAGCUGCGGAGCCUGCUGUUCUACACCGCCUGCCUGGACCCCAAUUUCCCGGCUACCCUCUUCAAGGAGAAACUGCGCUGCAACGUGGAGAACACACAGUCCAAGAAGAUCAUGGUCGCGGCCGACAUCGUGACCAUGUUCAACUUGAUCCAGAUGAACGGCGGGGUGGCGAAGGAGAGGCUGCCCCACCGGCACCCGCACAAGGUGAGGAAGAACGAGUCCUUUGAGUCGUGCCGCUCAGACACCGAGAUCUGCCGGCACCGCUCGUCCGUGUACGCCUGCGACCACGACCCCGGCUCCGGCUCCGGCUCCGGCGAGCCCGCCGCCUCCAGGCGCCCCAGCAGUUCCGACUGCAAGGACAGCCAGCGCUUCAUCUGCACCUCCGACCCCAACUUCUUCUUGGGGGUCAGGAAUGAGGGGACACCGGAGCAUAACGGCAGGACCACCUCGCUCGACAGACUGCAGGCUUCCCCUACUUUUAACGGGAUCGACCCCCAGGACUGCGUGAUGCAGUCCACCUAUUUCCCCAUGGACCCCGGGCAGGAUUCCAACUCCGACCAAGAUUCCCCCACCAGGAAAACCGACAGGAAUGGGGCGUUUGAUUCCAGCGACGAAGCUUUGUCCAUCAGCCCGUGUGGGGAGGCGAGCAACGAACUCGAGGACAUGCUGCCCUGCGUGGGCAAGUUGGUGUCCAUGGGCAAGGAGUCAGAAGAUGAAGACCAAGAGGCAAACAUCCAGAACCACUCCUCUCGCUUCUCCACCUUUUUCAGCAGCAGCUUUGAGAUGCCCUACAACAAUCCCUACUGUGAUACCAUCCCGUCCAGUAGCCACGAGAAAAGGUACGUCAAGCACGAAAGUUUGGACGAUCUGCAGGGCUCCACCUACUUUGGCCCAAGCACCAUCUCUCAGGAGCCCCGCAACCUGGGCAAGCAGACCAAACCGCCUCCUUGGCUGCUGAAGAGUUGGAGCCUCAACGCGGAGCAAGCGGAUGACGGGGAGAAGUAUUUCAGCGAGGGCAAGGGCCAAGGUCAUCAGUAUCAGGGAACGACCAAGGAGGAUCUGGUGGCCGAGGCGCGCCAGAGGCAAGCGGCGGCGGCGGCAGAAGCAGUCAGCACCAUGGAGAGGGCUAAAAGCUACUUCCAGCAGGCGGAGGAGACAGUGCGCUUCCCUCCGCCCGCCGCCGACCCCUCCGGCCUCGCCAACCCCAGGAAGCUGAAGGAGAAAGGCUACAAGCCGUCCAGCCUGGAGCAGACGUCCAGCGUGGGCACCCAGACGGAGCAAGCGGCCCGCGGCCGUGCUCAGCCUCAGGGGCCCGGCCGCUGCCCCCGUACUAAGCCCGGAGACAAGGCGCCUGUCCGGCAGUCGGACGAGGAGUCGGAGGGACUCAGCGACGAUAUCAGCGAUAUCUUCAGGUUUCUGGACGACAUGAGCUUGAGCGGGUCGACGGGGCUGGUGCAGUCGUGUUACAACAGCAGUGGCUCGCUGUCGCGGCUCCCCAAGGCGGAGGGCGGCAGUCCCGAGAGGACCCCGACUAAAGCCAGCUCAGCCCAGACCGACUCGGCCCAGAGCCACCGUCCCAGCCAGGCCGCGGACGAUGAGCUGAAGGCCAGCGUGUGCAAGCUGGUGCUGAGGGUGGGCGAGAUGGAGAAGAAGCUGGAGGGCCUAUCCGGGGUGAGGGACGAGAUAGCCCAGGUCCUGGCCAAACUCAACCACUUAGACCAGAAGAUCCAGGAGCCGCCCGCAGAUCGAGUCUCGCCCGACAGCAACGCGGACAGUCUCCGCGUCAAAGCCCUGCGCAAAAGUCUGUUCGUCCGGAGAUCGUCCAAGUCCCUCACCGAGGAGAACAGCGCGACCGAGUCCAAGAUCGCCAGCAUCGCCAACUCGCCCCGGGACUGGCGAGCGCUGGGCUGCGCUGGCGAGCCGGGCCACGCCAAGCGCCAGGGCACCGCCGACAGUAAGGACUGGCAACACAAGCAUAAAGAGGGGGAUCGCCGUUGCGUCAUUUCACAGUCACAUCGGUCGUCAAAGCCCGGGAAAGACUCCCUUUUAAUCGAGCAGGUCUUCAGCCCUCACAUGUAUCCCAAUUCCAUGAAAUCCCACAUGAAGAACAACCCGUUGUACACGGAUCUCCGGCUGACCGAGGUCCUGGAGCAGAAGCAGCCGCAGCCAUCAUGGGUCAUCGAGGAGUACAACAGGACCAGUGACAAGAAUCAAGAAUCUUUGAAUCCGAAUAACUUAGAGUACUGGAUGGAGGAUAUCUACACUCCGGGAUAUGACUCCUUGCUGAAACGGAAAGAGGCAGAAUUCAGACGGGCAAAAAUCUGUAAGAUUGCUGCCUUAAUCGUAGCAGCGGUCUGCACAGUGGUUUUGGUCAUUGUGGUCCCAAUUUGCACUAUGAAAUCUUAAAGUUUUUAAUAAUACUUGUAUGAAAGCGUCCGAAUAAAUGUCUGAAGUCUCAGAUCAGUACAUGCAUUUGGGACUGAUAUUUAUCACUGUUUUAACCUUUUGUGUGCUCUAUACAUGGUCCACUGGAUCAGACCGUAAGGUUUUAAUCUUCACCAGUGAGCAACAAGUUAAAAUGUUUGCAUAAUCUUCCUCCUCUGUGCAGUGUUUUACUUCAAUUACUGGAAACAAUCAGACUGAUGACUCCAUCAGACAAGGUACAAGAGUACUGUGUCGGGAUGGAGUUAUCCAGUUUGCAGGCAGAGAGUCAAAAUGUUGAUGGGAUGCUUAACUGAACAUGCUGACAAUGAAACAAGGUACUGGGAAAAUAACAACGUGAAGAUAAUUGCCACUUUUCACAAUGUCUGAGAUCAGUUAUAUUUUGGCAGCAGAAUUUAAAGUAGAAUCAUUUAGGCUGACAUUUACAUCUGCUGCAAAUGUUAGGGAUUGAAGCGGAGGCUCCGUCUUUUAUAUUGAUCUUCUCUGGGGCGUUUCUGCCGUUGCUGGUGGGAGUUUCACCUGUCAUGCUGGGUUCAGUCCCUCCAAACCUCAAUGUGGACAAACCCUUGCCCUCCACAGAAGGGCAGCAAAGUGUGGUCACCCUGCAAACAGCUUCUUGUGACGACAGGGACAAUAGGUUCAUUUGGUUCCCAGGACUCUGCAUCGACCACAGACACAUCUGGUUCACCUGCUAAUGAAGUUAGGUUCCAUUGGAACCAGUUUGUGCACAUUCAUCUGUCACAGAAUGAGAAACAAAUCUGACAAUAAAACCCUUUGGGUACAUGUGAGUACAUGCCGAAGAUAGACACAAAUUGCUGGAGUAACUCAGUGGGUCAGGCAGCAUCUCUGGACAAAAAGGAUGGGUGACAUUUUGGGUCGGGACCCUUCUUCAAUUGUGUUCCCUCUUGCCUGACCUUUAAAUUCCUCUGGGCAACAGUUGCAAAGGGAUGGAGUUGUUUAUUGUACGCCCCAACCUUCAGACACAUUGGCACCCAUGUUCUGAACUUGGUGAGCUGAGCUUUCAGGUUGUUACCUGCUCGUUCAGCUUGUUCUAGCACCUGAGAUAAUCAGGAGUGCAGGCUGGUAACUGGGUGGCUUAGAUACAAACCGGAGACUGGUGGGUCGAAGCUUCUGUCUCAGUUACCAAUGAAACUUAAGCGAAGGUGAAGUGAAAAUAGCACAGAAUGAAAACCAAUGAAUUAGUCACAUGAAAUAAAAGCAAGUAAUUGAUGAGAAAGUCUGAAUGAAGAGAAUUGAGGAGGAGAAAGGGAAAGGAAACAAUAGUUUAAUAAAAUCACAGGCUUAUUGUGUAGGAAGGAACUGCAGAUGCUGGUUUGUACAGAAGAAAGACAUAAAGUGCUGGAGUAACUCAGCAGGUCAAGCAGCACCUCUGGUGUAAAAGAAUGGGUGAUCUUUCAGGUCGGAACAUUUCAUCAGACUGAAUGUAGAGGUGGGGAACUAGGUGUAGGUAAAGGCCAGAACACAUCAGGAUGGCAACAGGUGACCCAGGAAGGGUGGAGCCCAUACUUGCUGAUUGGUGGCUGGGGAAUAGGUGAUAACGAGAGGGAUUCAGGGAUGCGAACAGGGGAACUGGUGUAGCCUGCAGUCUGUGUCUUCCCAUGCUCAUGUGGGCUGAGCGAGCUAACCUCCUCACAGGGAUGCCACUGUGUGAGACACAGUGAGGUCUCAGACGAACCCAUGCACCCACCUCCGACUCUCCCUCUUCCCUCCC